AUGGGCACUAUUGUGCAGCAGCAAAAAUCACGUCGCCGAACUGGUUCCCUUAGAAAGGUUGCUUUGCUCGGCAGAGGGGCACAAAGAGAGCGUCGCGACGCGAAGCAACUCACGAUUGAUAUUGGUCACGCUACCAGUCGCAGGCCGGAGGAGGCAAAGCCAGCGGCUGAUUCGACGUCUGAGCAUUCUGCUUUGGGACUCAGGGUAACAGACGCCGCCAUGCUACCAUACAGCUUGAGUGAAGUCACCACCAACAAGACAAGCGAGCCUCAUAUCCCAAAGCCAUCACUGAGGUCCCCUCAAGCUCCCGAAGGCGAGCUGAGCGUUGCCAGCCCCACUCGCUCCACCAACUCGACGACAGAUGAGGAUGAUCUCCCACACAUGUCGAACCGCGGCCUGGCAACGUCGCGACCUGAGUCAGACCCCUCACUUUCAUCUGGUUCAGAUUCGUACUUUGGAAGUCGAGCGGGUGAGCAACCACUCCGGAGAAGGUCUCCUCUGGCGUACAGCGGCAUGGCGAGUACGCCCGUACCAGCCGCCGGCUCGGACUGGGACUACACCGAUACGGAGUGGUGGGGCUGGGUAGUGCUGGCCGUGACGUGGGUUGUCUUCGUGGUAGGUAUGGGAUCAUGCCUGGGCGUCUGGAGCUGGGCAUGGGAUGUGGGCACAACACCUUACGCGCCUCCCGAGCUGGAAGAUGAUCCUACGUUACCCAUCGUGGGGUACUACCCAGCACUCAUCAUAUUGACAUGUAUAAUGGCAUGGGUUUGGGUGGUUGUGGCUUGGGUGGGCAUGAAAUAUUUCCGACAUGCAAAGAUAAGUGGCGAUUGA